AUGAGACACAUAGUUUUUCGAGAUCCAGAUGUGAAUGAGAUCUAUGAUGCAACAAGAAGUCUCAGCAAUCUUUGGGAAAGUAUACGAGUGCCAAUCAUUGCACCUAUUCUACGUGUUGCAGUUUAUAUAUGCAUAGUGAUGUCUGCUAUGCUAUUCAUCGAACGGGUUUACAUGGCAAUUGUGAUUACAUUUGUCCAUUUUUUUGGGAAGAAAAGAUACACCAAGUACCAGCUAGACAGCAUAAAAGAAGACCUAGAUAGAAACAAGAACUACCCUACAGUGUUGGUUCAAAUCCCCAUGUUCAACGAAAAAGAGGUUUACAAGCUUUCCAUUGGAGCUGUAUGUGGGCUUUCUUGGCCAUCAGAUCGACUCAUUGUGCAAGUUCUUGAUGACUCCACCAAUGAAGCCUUAAGGGCAAUGGUGGAAUUGGAGUGUCGAAAAUGGAUUAAGAAAGGGGUGAAUGUUAAGUAUGAGACAAGGAACAACAGGAAUGGUUACAAGGCUGGUGCUCUUCGAGACGGCUUAAAAAAGGAUUAUGUUGAAGAUUGUAAUUUUGUUGUGAUCUUUGAUGCGGACUUCCAGCCUCAGGAAGAUUUUCUCUGGAGGACUAUCCCCUACCUACUUGAAAACCCAGAACUCGGCUUGGUUCAGGCAAGAUGGAAAUUUGUGAAUGCAGAUGAGUGUAUGAUGACUCGGCUCCAACAGAUGUCAUUAGACUAUCACUUCAGUGUAGAACAAGAAGUGGGCUCCUCAACAUGCUCGUUCUUUGGAUUCAAUGGAACUGCUGGUGUUUGGAGGAUCCGAGCAAUAAAUGAUGCAGGAGGGUGGAAAGAUAGAACCACGGUAGAGGACAUGGACCUUGCUGUCAGAGCUGGUCUCAAGGGCUGGAAAUUCCUCUUUGUGGGUGACCUCGAAGUAAAAAAUGAACUACCAAGUACGUUUAAGGCGUACAGAUAUCAACAACAUCGCUGGUCAUGUGGACCGGCUAAUCUUUUCAGAAAGAUGUUUGUAGAAAUUCUCACCUGUGAGCGUGUAUCACUGUAUAAGAAAUGGCACGUGAUAUAUGCAUUCUUCUUCGUAAGAAAGAUCAUCGCGCACUGGGUCACAUUUUUCUUUUACUGCGUUGUAAUACCUGCAACUAUAUUAGUUCCAGAAGUUCACCUCCCAAGGCCACUGGCAAUUUACCUUCCAGCAUGCAUAACCAUUCUCAAUGCAAUUACCACUAUAAGAUCUUUACCUCUUCUCGUCUUUUGGAUAUUAUUCGAGAAUGUUAUGUCACUUCAUCGAUCCAAAGCAGCUAUUAUAGGGCUCGUUGAAGCCAACAGAGUUAAUGAGUGGAUUGUAACAGAGAAGCUGGGCAAUAUGAUGAAGCAAAAGUUCAGUGCCAACACAGCAAGGAGGCCACGAUCACGCAUAAGAGAAAGGAUCUACAUCUUGGAGCUUGUAAUAGGGAUGUGCUUGCUGCAUUGUGCUGUGUAUAACAUGUUCUAUGGGAACAAUCAUUUCUACAUCUAUCUACUACUGCAGGCAGUGGCCUUUUUUGUAGUCGGACUUGGAUGUGUUGGGACAGUUGUACCCAACUAA